CUCAAAAUUUCGUGCAUGGUCUUUUAUAGAAUCACACAAAAUCUCGCACAUUUUCUCUCUCCUACUUGAGCUUCGGAGAGGGAUAGAGAAACUGGAGAAAGUGCGUCGUUUGAGAGAGAAACAGCCUCGAAUCCAUGCUCUAACACAGAGACAGGGAGGCAGAUAUAGACAGAGAGCUUUGAUGCAGGUUUGGGGAAAUUGGGGGUUGGAAGCUAAAGAAGAACAUUAUUUUUGGUGGAAAGUUUGAAUUAGGGUUUUGAGUAAUUGAUUAGUCUAGGGUUUGUUUCUGUAUUAUCUAGUUCUGAUAUUUAUAUAGGGCGGUUUCUAAUCUUUCAGUGGUAUGGUAAUACCAAAUUUUGGUGUUGCUUAAUGCUAGUGGAGCUUGUGGGGGGUAGAUGCUAGGGUUUCCAUGGGGAGCACAGGUGAGUCAGACCGAAAACGGCGUCAUUUCGGCUCCAUAUCACCCACGGCUGCUGCUACUCCUAAGAAGCAACCUUUUUUGCCCAUUUCCGAGGACAAAAAGCUUGAUGUUACUGUUCUUCAAUAUCAAAAUCAAAAGCUUGUCCAGAAGUUAGAAGCUCAGAAGGUUGAGUCUUUUUCACUUGAGAAUAAAUUAUCUCUAUUGAAUCAGAAGCAGCAACCAUAUGAUUCCACGUUAGCAGUGGUCAAUAAGUCUUUGGACAAGCUGGUGAAUGACUUGGACUCAUUUUCCAUCAAAACAAGAGAGUCGAGCAGUGAACAAGAUGGCAAACAUCUACCAGUUAUUGAUGAUGGGGUUCCCUCUACAUUUAAGGAUGCUUUUCUUAGUCGACUCACAGAAACAGGUGCAACAGAACAUUCUUCUACAUAUAAUCGUGCAAAUCAUGUGAAAGAAGAUAGCGAAACUGCCACUGAAAAGACAGAGAACAUUUUACGCAACAUAGUAGCUGCCGUUGAUAACCUGUGGUAUCUAAAGGAUGGAUUAUUAGCUGCAGUGUUGAAAGAACUACCAGAUGAUGGUGCAUGCAGGCAAAAGACCUCCCAUGAUUUAGAGAAAGAAGUUAAGAACUUGAGAAUGGAAUUUAGUGAUCUUCAUUUGAAGCACAAAUCACUUGCAAGGGAAUUGCAGAGACAGCAAAAUGUUCAUGCAAAAAAUGAAGCUGAAAUGAAACAUUUAAGAGAGGAGUUGGAGGUUGCACUUUCAGAGCUAGAAGAAAAUAAUUGCAAUUUAGCAUCUCUGAAAGCACAGAGAAAUGCUGCAAAAGGGGCAUUUUUCCCUAUCUUGAAUCUAGGGAAUAAUCAAGGUGCUGGUGAUAGAGUUAGAGAUACACAAAAGGAUCUGCAUGAUAUGGAAUCCACUCUCAAAGAACUAACUGACCAAGCUUCAUGUCGGCUUACGGAACUGAAAGGUCUUCAUGAUGAAAGGAUAGAAAUAUUACAGCACUUAUCUAGUUUGCAGAACAUGUUGAAGAAUGUUAAGUGUAUUUCCUCUUCCAAUGCUUACGUCCUGGUGAGAGAUCAAACAGAAAAGUCAAAAUCAGAAGUUUUGCAGUAUCAGGCCUUAUAUGAAAAACUACAGGUUGAGAAGGAUAACAUUCUGUGGAGGGAGAGAGAAUUGAAUAUUAAAAAUGACAUUGCUGAUGUUUUCCGAAGAUCAUCUGCCGUUGCCGAUUUCCGAGCUGCUGAUCUGGGGAUAGAGAUACAGAAACAGAUUGAGGAGAUUAAUAUGAUUGAAUCUAAGCUAAAAGAGGCCUCAAGAGAACCAGGAAGAAAAGAAAUCAUUGCAGAAUUUAAAACCUUACUUUCUUCAUUUCCUGAAGACAUGAGCAUUAUGCAAAGUGAACUAAGUAAAUACAAAGAGGCUGCUUCAGAUGUUCAUUCUCUCAGGGCCGAUGUGCAAUCUCUUUCUUGUAUUCUUGAGAGGAAGCAGGUGAAAGAAUGUGAAACCUCAUCUGCAAGAUCUGCUGGCCAAGUUGCAGAGAUGCAAAAGCUGCAAGCUUUGGUCCAAGAUUUGAAAGAAAGUGAUAGGGAAUUAAAGUUGAUUUUGGAAAUGUAUAGACAUGAAUCCACUGAUUCAAGGGAUGUCAUGGAAGCCAGGGACUUGGAAUACAAGGCAUGGUCUCAUGUCCAAACUUUGAAAUCCUCUCUUGACGAGCACAACUUGGAAUUGCGAGUCAAGACAGCAAAUGAGGCUGAGGCCAUUUCCCAACAAACGCUUGCUGCAGCAGAAGCUGAGAUUGCUGAGCUGAGGCAGAAACUAGAAACUUCUAAAAGGGAUAUUUCUAGGCUUACUGAUGUCCUGAAGUCCAAGAAUGAAGAAAAUGAGGCAUACUUAUCUGAAAUAGAGUCAAUUGGACAGGCAUAUGAUGAUAUGCAGAAUCAAAACCAACAUCUGUUGCAGCAAAUUACGGAGAGAGAUGACUAUAACAUUAAGCUGGUAUUAGAGGGCGUCAGGACAAGACAGCUUCAGGAUACUCUGAUAAUGGAAAAACGAACCAUGGAGAGGGAGGUUCAGCAAGCGAAUGCGUCUCUGUGCUUUUUUGACAUGAAAGCUUCACGGAUCGAAGAUCAGUUGAAAAUUUGCUCAGAACAAAUUCAGAAACUCGUAGAUGAUAAGCUUCAUGGUUCAUUUACCUUGGAAAGUACACAGAAGAAAUUGUUGGAUGUGAGAAGAUCAUUUCAGCAGGCACAAGAGUCACUAGAGGAAUCACAAUCUAAGGUUGAAAAAAGUCGAGUGGCGCUUGUGGAGCUGCAGAUAGAACUAGAGAGGGAAAGUGUGUGGGUGGUGAUCAGUUUUUCAUUCUUGGUCAGGUUUGACCAGAAAAGAAUAGAGGAGGAAUUGGAAGUUGUAAGGAGAAAGGCUUCACGUCUUAGAGCAGAGACAGAGGGAUCAUCAAUUGUCGAAAAGCUCCAGGAGGAACUUAGAGAAUAUCGGGAUAUUCUGAAGUGUAGUAUCUGCCUUGACAGGACAAAAGAGGUUGUGAUUACAAAAUGCUACCACUUGUUCUGCAACCCCUGUGUGCAAAGAAUUAUUGGAACUCGUCACCGCAAGUGUCCGACAUGUGCCACAAGUUUCGGGAGUAAUGAUGUCAAACCCGUUUACAUCUGACAGGAAGCUGAGAAAACUUUGUUUCCUGAUUCUUUAUGAGGCCUAUAACGAUAUGUUGUGGGGCAUAAGACCUGUUGCACGUGAUUUGAAGCUUGAUAUGGAUACAAACAGGUUCACAUGUAUUGUUAUUAAGAGGAUUGUAGGAGUAACGUUGGCCGAACCCGGUCAAGCUCUUGCCCUUUUUAAUCCACCAGUGGAAAUCAUCUUAUUUUUGCUG